AUGUAGCUAAUGCCUGUUCAUGAAAUUACCUUAUCAAGCUGAAGUUAGAGCCAUGCAAAUGAACCCUCAGUUUUCAGUGGAAUUAUUUUAGGUUGUGAUCCAUCAAGAGAAUUCCUCUCAGUUUACCCUUGUCAGGGGUGGUGGGGGAUUCAUUUGUGUGACAGAAAUGCUAGGAACAAAAUAAGGACAUUUCCAUACGCAUAGGGUAUCUCUAUUCUUACUGCUAUUUAACAUUACAUGAGUAGGAUGGAAGUGUAUAUUAUAUAGGAAAUACUACUAUAUAGUUUGUAACUUAUUUAUAAAUUAAGAGAAACAAAUGUACAAUAGAAUUCAGCUGUUCUUAUUGUUGUUGUGAUAAUUAUCUUUGAGUUCAUGCCCCCGAAGGGCCAAAUUAUAUGUUUUUACCUGCACAAUUUAUUUAUGCUUAAUUCCUGCCAAAUAAUUUACCAUUAUGAGCCAGAAGGUGGACAACAAGGGCUGAGCAAUAUAGCUCCAUGAAGCACUGUCCCAUGAAGCCAUUUGAGUGAGAAUGUGGGAGAAGCUUUCCUAUGUGAAGGUUUUGGCAAACUUUGAGAUUCUCUUUACUCCUUCAAUAAAAACAGGCAGGAAAGGAGGAACUAGAAACCUGGAGGAGUUGCAAGAUUUUUAUUUUAGUGUAGAGCCAUAAGAAAAGGAGACCUGGAUACUAGUCAGACUUGGCUUAUUUUGGCCAGAAGAGAUUGUGGUGGGCAAGAAUUUCAUUUAAAAAACAACAAAACUGAGCUGCAAAGUCUAAAACAGCCACUUGGAUUCUCCUGGGCAAUGGGCAAAUUGCUUUUCUAAAGAAAAAGGGAAGGAGUUACUUUUGACAAUGGGUUGCCUAGUCCUGAUCAUCUAUCUGCUGGAAAGGGGGCUGGCAAUCUCCAAGGGUCAAAACUAAUUUUAUCCUUAACAAAGAUGUACAUUGAGCUUCCAGGAACUUCUCCCUUAGAACCAAGAUGAGAAUACUACUCAAAAAGGAGUAAUUAAAAGUAAUUCUGGCUUUUGAGAGAGAAUAUGUUUUUCUUUCCUUCUUUCUGAACUUGAUUCUGGGUUUAGUUUGGUUAUCUUUCGAAUAAAAAUGUAUUCUAAGUUUAGACCCAAUUUAAUUUCUUAAAAAUGUUGAACUAGGUGAGAAUUUAACUUGAAAUUGUUUUAGAAGAGUGGGAAACCAAAGAACUAUGGAAAGGAGCAAAAAAAUGAAGAAAGUCAAGAAGUGCUUCAAUUCACAGUAAAGACUCAGGUAUUUUAGGCAGUGCACUAAAAUAAAGUGAAGACACUUGAUCAGUAUGGGAAAUACUUUUGUGCACAAAUCCUGACAUCUUGAUCUGCUUCAAUCUACUGGUUCAGAGCUGUCAUCUAUUAGUAUCCUAGAGAUUCCCUUUGUCUCUCUUGUCAGAUUUGUUUCCAGUUAAUCCCAUUAUUUCCCUUUUCCUUGAUUUACCCACACAUAUUGGUGCAGCAUAUCCUCCAGUAGCUUUCGAAAAGGAAAAAAGGUAAAUAUUUUGAGACCUUGCGUAUUUGAAAAUGUUAUUGUAUUCUUACACUUGAUUGCUACUUUGGCAGAAUAUAGAAUUCUUGAGUAGCCUCCAUGCCCAAUUUCGAAGACAUUAAGCUUCCAGUGUUGCUGCUGGGAAGUCUGAAAACAUUCUCACUUAUGACUUCCAGGGUGACUGUUGGAAGUCAGAAGCCAUUCUGUUCUUUUCAUGUAUACGACUAUUUUUCUCUCUCUGGAAGCUUAUAGCAUUACUUUGUCCCAGUGUUCUGUUCCUGGUAAGGGUCCAUUUUCAUCCCUUGUAUUGGGUGCUUGUUGGGAUUUUUUACACUGAAAACUUUGUCCUUCAGUUCAGGGACAUUUUCAUGAACUGUUUUUUUAGCGAGUCCUCAUCUGUUCUCACUUUGUAGAAUUCCUGUUACUAGAUGUUAGACCCCCAGUAUUGGCUAAUUUUCUUAUUUUUUUCUCUCAAUUUCCAGCUGUGUCUUCUUGCUGUACUUUCUAGAUUUCUUCAACUGAAUCUUCCAAAUUUGUCUAAUGUGUUUUAUUUUUGUGGUCUCAGGUUUUUAGUUUCUAGAUCUCUCUUCUCUGAAUGUUCUUUAAUAGCUUCCUAUUUUGGGUUCAUAGAUAUUGUAUCUUAUAUCUUUGAAAAUACUGUUUGUGUGUAGAUACAUAUACAUAACAUACAUAUCUAUAUUUUCUUCUUUCAUAUUCUGUUACCUCCAAGUUUCAUUUCUUUGUUUUUCCUAUAUGUUUCCUUUGAUCAUUUUUUGUUACAAGCUUUCUUCAGUUAGUGAUCUUGGUGGUCUACUCUUAAGAGAAGAACACUGAAAAGCUAAGAGUGGGGGAAGAGAUUCCUCAACUAUUUCACCAUGACCUAGCUGAGCUACGUUUCUAAUUCAGUGUCUUUAGGAUUUUCUUUCUGGCCUGGCAGAGAACACAGGCAACCUCUCAGAUGCUACAUCAGUUCCAGAUCACCAUAAUGAAGCAAGUAUUGCAGUAAAGCAAAUUGUAAUCUUUUUGCUGGUAGAGGGUCUUCCCUUCAAUUUUUAAAAAAACACCUGUAAAGUUCAAUAAUGCUAAGCUCAAUAAAAUGAGGUAUGCCUGUACUCUUCAAGUAUUUUGAAAUGCAAAAUACUUGGCCGUACGAGGCUGCUCUUUUCUCCCAUUUUGCAGCCCCAUGCUCUUGCUUCAGUAAUCCAUUUCUGUAUUUGUCAGGACUAUCCAACUAAUCCUUUUUAGUAUUCUCUUUUCUGCUGUCCCAAACUUGCCUCCUUUCCUCUUUAAUCCAUUUCCCAUUUGCCCUGAGAAUACUCGCUGGUAGAGCUUGGGGCUGCAGCUUUUACCCUAAGAUAACUCAUAGAUUAGUCCUAACCUUUCCCCCAAAGUUUGCCAGGAAAUAUCUCGCUUUUAUUAAUUUUGCAUCGCUCUAGUGUAUUGAUAGUCUUUGGAAACAAAUGACAUCAUUCUAUUUAUAGCAUUCAGUUUUUAAUAGUGGUAUUUACAUUUACAAAAUAGUUAUUCUCCAUCGCUGAAAAUGUCAAAUUCUAGGAAAGAGCAUUCCUACACAUGAUGUUAACAUUAUUCUUGAACAGUUGUUAGCUGAAGGUUCAUUUUAUGAAUCCAGUUUAUCUAUACAUUUCUGUUACAUUAUGGUCUGGCACAAGUUUUCUUUAUAAAUUACUCCAAUAACAGUUGUUAUAUUUUAUUUUCACAUUGAAAACCAAUCAGAUUUGCUUCAGACUCAAAGAGCGUUUUUAUGUAAAAUUAACUCUGGCAGUGAGUUACACUUUUUUUUUUUCUAAAUGGGAUAUGGGUUAAAACCUGCUUAAAUUGCAAGACUUGAAGUAGUUUUUCUUUAAUUCCUCAGUAAACCACCAUUAUAUGCUUCUUUUCCAGAACAACUUUUCAACUGUAAUCACAUGCAUAUUUAUGUUCUCUACAUGUAUAUUAACAUGCACUUAAAACCUCUUGUGUGGUGCUGUGUACCCCAUGGGUGCUAAAUAAAGACUUGCGACUGGUAACUGGAAUUUCGAUCGGUUAAUUCAGUGUCCAUUCAUCAUAUACCUAUUUAGGCCAUACUAAAUAAAUACAAUUUUUAGAAGACAUGGGUAACUCCUCAGAAGAGCAGUCGUUUCUCCAGCUGAGCCCAGGGGCUUUGGCCACCUUUCCUCCAACCAUCCGACAAGGAAAAAGGGGGUGUGGGCGAGAAGCGCCUGCCGUGUUUGUUUGUUUGUUUGUUUUUAAUUCAGAUUCAGAUCUAGAGAAGACGCAAGCCCUUGUUUGGGUGAGAACCCACCUGCAAGCCCGACGCGUCGCUUGCCCGGGACUUUCCUCUGGGCAGGGGAAAUCAUCAUCACGGAUUUUACGAAAACGAAACGGCAGUGGCCGAACUUCCGGAAGCGCCGGCGCAGCGCGCAGCCGUCGGGCGGCAACCGUGAGCGCAGCCAUGGACCCGGCAUCGCGGCCUUUCCCCGAGUGGUCCGAGGCCCGAGACGAGUUCCCGCAACCCACCGGUGUCUUUCAGGUUGCAGAAAAGUUGGAAAAAAGGACAUGUGCACUCUGCCCCAAAGACCUCGAGUGUAGUGUCCUAUACUUUGCACGAUCAGAGAAUAUAGCUGCUCAUGAAAAUUGUUUGCUGUAUUCUUCAGCACUUGUGGAAUGUGAGGAUCACGAUCCAUGUAAUCAUGAUAGAAAUUUUGAUGUGGAAGCAGUAAAGAAAGAAAUUAAUAGAGGAAGGAGGUUGAAAUGCACAUAUUGUCGUAAAGGAGGAGCCACUGUGGGAUGCGAUGAAAAAUCUUGUAACAAGAAUUACCACUUUUUCUGUGCCAAGAAUGACCGCGCAGUUCUACAGAGUGGAUCUGAAGGAAUUUAUAAAGUAUUUUGCCAACAACAUGAUCCAUCAAGAGGAACUCAAAAUGUAAAGCCUUUGUCUGAUGUCUUCCAUCCUCACUACAGUCAGAAGACUGCAUCAAAACAAGCUCAUUUUUCACGAGUGAAAAGAAAAAGAAGAGGAAUGAAAAGUCUCUCAACAGGCAUUCCCAAACAGCUAUCUAAACCAAUAACAUUAAAUAGACCCAUAAAACAAAUGAAGGAAGAGGAUGGCAGACACACAGAUGCAAUUGUGAAAGUUGCUUUUCUUAAGAAAUGUAAGGAAGCGGGACUUCUUAAUGAUUUAUUUGAAGAAAUAUUAGACAAACUUCAUUUGAUUCAGGAAAGACUCAUGGAUGAGACUACCUCAGAAUCAGACUAUGAAGAAAUUGGGACUUCACUUUUUGACUGUAGAUUGUUUGAAGACACAUUUGUAAAUUUUCAAGCAGCAUUAGAGAAUAAAAUUCAUCAAUUUGAAGAAAAGCGGCAGCAGAUGAAGGAAGAGAUUGAGCUACUUCAGGACUUGAAGCAAACCUUGUGCUCUGUUCAAGAAAAUAGAGACCUUAGUUCAAGUUCUACUUCAGUGUCUUCUCUAUCUUCUUAAGAAUUACCAUUUCCUAAGCCAGGAAUCGGCAUAGUCCCAAGCAGGCUGAAAACUGGAGACCGCCUGUGAAAGCCACACAUCAUUAGGACAAGCCCCUCGUGUUUCUCUGGUCUGCAGACUUCAAUCCUCACCAGCUCUUCCCUUUUCGUGCCUAAGUGGAUGUUUCCUGCCUCCCUCUUAUCUCACUUCUACCUCUCCUGAUAAAAUGUUUCUCAGAUUCUACUUGAGUAAAUUGGAUCAUGCCUCCCAUCUCACUCACCCUCUGUAUUAAAAAGUCUUUUGGUGGUUUCCUGCUGGCAUACUGCCUUCUACCCCUCCCCCACUCCAGUGAUCUAAGCUGAUGCCAGUAACACACCAGGUGCUCCUAGCCCCAGGGCCUUUGCACAGCAUGUUAAGUUGUAACUGCUCCUCCUGUGGGUCUCAUAUCAUUUCUCCCACCUAUUCCACCCGAGAGUACUUUUCCUUCAUAUUAGUUCCCAGUGUAACCCACUGUAUCCUACAUCGAGUAUAAGCUCUCUGAGGGCAAGAGCUCACUAUUCUGUGUCUGCUCACGAUCACAUUCCCAGCACCUAGCAUGCUCAAUAAAUGUUUGUUGAAUAAAUGCAUAAACUCUUUUGAGACUAGUUCCAGCCCAUAAUGCCUCUUAAGAUAUAAUAAAUUUGAAUCUUCUAUUUUA